AUGGACACCAGGGGGCUGCGCGCCUGGUUCGAGGAAGAGCGUUGUCCUCCUGUCGCCUGCCUCGUCUACGGACGGACCAUCCAGAACGAUUUCGUGAGAACGGGCUUCGUCAAGUCGUCAUAUAAGGCGGAGAGCAAGGAGAGUCGAGUGGCAUCUCCUGAUCUCACCAAUUCUGGUCCAGUCUCUGGACGCUGGCGUCAACGCCUGGCUCACCCACCGCUCACUGAUCGCGAUGCGCAUCACCAAUCGAUCCGGCAUGUUGCUGAGUAG